CAGGAUAUUUCAAAUCACUAAGUUACUAACAAAUGGAUGGCUGAAAAUUGAAAUCUACCCAAAAAGAAACCCACAACAAGCAUUUCAUCUCCUCUACCACAGAGAUAAAGUUAAGCUUUGAGGAAAAACAGAUUCAGGGAAAAACAGUUGAAAAGAAGAAGAAUAAUGGAAGCUCUGUUAUCUUCUACUACUCUUCAACUCAAACCCCUUCACACUCCCUCUUCUUUCUCUUCUCUUCAUUCUCCAUUUUCUUCAUGUUCUGUGCUUAGAUUAAAGGGUAGUAGAAAAACUGAAAAUUACAUUCAAAGGAGCCAAUUUUCCACUGUUUUGCCACUUAGAGUCUCUGCUAGUUCUCAAGCUGCUCCUGUUGAAACAUCAACAAGCACUUCUAUUCCUUCUGAAAUGAAAGCUUGGACUUACACUGAUUAUGGAAGUGCUGAUGUUUUGAAGUUUGAGUCCAAUGUUUCAGUUCCAGAAAUUAGGGAAGAUCAAGUCUUGAUUAAGGUUGUUGCUGCUGCUCUUAACCCUGUUGAUUUUAAACGCCGGCUUGGAAAAUUCAAGGCCACUGAUUCUCCACUUCCUACUGUGCCAGGUUAUGAUGUUGCUGGUGUGGUAGUGAAAGUUGGCAGUGAAGUAAAGGGGGUAAAAGUAGGGGAUGAAGUGUAUGGAGAUAUACAUGAGAAAGCAUUAGAUGGACCAAAGCAAUUUGGAUCUUUAGCUGAGUUCACUGCUGUAGAGGAGAAACUAGUUGCUUUGAAACCCAAGAAUCUGAGUUUUGCAGAGGCUGCUAGUCUUCCCCUAGCUAUUGAAACUGCUUAUGAAGGUCUUGAGAAAGCUGGAUUCUCUGCUGGCAAAUCUAUUCUUGUUUUGGGAGGUGCUGGUGGUGUUGGAUCCCUUGUAAUCCAGAUCGCUAAACAUGUAUUUGGUGCUUCAAAAGUAGCAGCUACCUCCAGCACAGGGAAGUUGGAACUCUUGAAAAGCUUAGGAGCUGAUUUAGCUAUUGACUACACCAAGGAUAAUUUUGAAGAUCUGCCUGAAAAGUUUGAUGUGGUUUAUGAUACAGUUGGUCAGGGCGAAAAGGCGGUGAAGGCAGUGAAAGAAGGUGGAAGUGUAGCAGUGCUAACAGGGGCAGUAACUCCACCCGGUUUUAGAUUUGUAGUGACAUCAAAUGGAGAGAUGUUGAAGAAACUGAACCCAUACUUAGAGAGUGGGAAGGUGAAACCAGUAAUUGAUCCAAAAGGACCAUUCCCAUUUGAUAAGGUUGUGGAAGCUUUCUCUUAUCUUGAAACUGGCAGAGCUGCUGGAAAAGUUGUCAUUCAUCCCAUUCCUUGAAAGUUAGCUCUCAUUUUGUACAAUUUCUAAAUUGAGGCUACCUUAGGAAAAGGAAAAGUUUUUGUUCCUCUAAGACAACAAUAACAUGUAUUGUGCUUGUUGGACAUAGUGAAAAUAGAUUCCAAAGGAGGAUUUUCGUGUGCACU